UAAUAUUAUUAUUGUAAUCCAAGAUUGGUGUUUUAUUAGUAAUCAGUUAUAACUCUGACGGCUUUAGUGAAUUUUAUUUAUGAGAUUGUUUGCUAAUAUAUUUUAUGUUGUUUAUAAAUUAAUAUAACGCAUUAUAUUAGGUAUAUUACGUACUUCAUUAUGAAUUUUUUGUUAUUGUUGUUGACUGUUUGCGUAGCUAUGACAGUAUAUGGAAGAGAUAUGAUUCGAACUUCGCCUAAUCAUCGGCAAAGGAUAUCACCUACUCAAAUUACAAUAGAAUCUGAAAGUAAAUAUACUACCAAUAGUGUUUUGUAUUCAGGAAAAAACAAUGUUGCAACAUAUGAUCCCAAUACUGUGAAUAAAAUGUGGAUACGGAAUAUAUUUUCUGCGCGGAAAGAUAAGGUUUCCGAUAAGAUUAAUCAGAAUGGCUUAAUCACUGGUAAAUAUAACUCUACUACAAUAAAGGCCAUUCCAAUGCGAGACAUCCGCCAAAAUUCAUUGAUACGACCCAAGUUGAGACAGUGUUUAGAAGGAAUGGUUCAAGAUACUAAAGGAGAAUGCACUUAUGUAUUUAAGGACUGAAAAUAUUGUUUCUUCGUAUUAAUAAAUUUUAAAUGGAGAAUUGUAAAAAAAUUAAUUAAUUUACUCUGUCAUAUUGUAAAAAACCAAUUUUACCAUUUUUUUGUUAACUGUUUGUUUAUAAUGUUAACAUGUCUAAUAAGUAGGAACACAUAUGUUUAUUAUAAAACCAUUUAUACUAUGGACAUUUUUUGAUAUCUACUAUUUAUAUUGACUGAUUGAGUGAUGAAUAUAAAUUGUUGAUAUGACAAAUUAA